UUUACCAGUGUUUGACCAGGAAGCAUCAACUGUGACCAUACGGGGACAGAGUUUGCAAUAAAUUUGAAAACAACAUGACUUCACUGUCAUCUUACUCCUACCCUACUCUUGUCGAACACGUUCCAGUCACUGUAAGACCACAGUGCUCUUAUAUGUUGACAUUUAUUCCCCGGUGUUUUACUGAAAUAACGAAGAGUGUAAUUGAGUUUUAAAUGCAACAUUUUAACGUUUCCCAGCUCUGUGUUCAGCAGAGACAUUACGAUACAUUACCGUGGGUGGGCUCUGAGCGCCGCUGUUGAUUCAUCACUGACUAACAGUCCAAACAGGCAGUGCAGCGAUCCACCCCUUUAACUCUAUUCAGUGUUUGGCUGCUUGGUGAGACGACGGUCUGAUCCGUCAACAUUCACCGUGUGGAAUCGAUCGUGUAUUUUCUUUGCUGGUAUUACUAUUACCUUCUCAAUUUGUGGAUUUACUUUCAUUCGGCUUGCACUGAAGACAUCACUGCAUCUGCAUCUGUGGAUUUACGAUGUUUUUCAUGUGGAUGAUCGCUGGCAGGUCCCGAUGGCAGGCACUGGUUGUCAUUCUUUGUCUGUUGAAGCUGAGCUCGGUGAGCGGUCAGGCUCGGUAUUCCAUACCGGAGGAGCAGGCAGAGGGCUCUUUUGUCGGAAACAUUGCUCGAGAUUUAGGCUUGGACGUGGCGAGGCUGAUAUCAGGUAAAGCUCGUAUUAUUACAAAAGGAAGCCGACAGUAUGUGGAUUUAAACCGAGACAAAGGGACUCUUGUUAUUAAAGAGCAAAUCGACCGAGAAGAACUGUGUGGGAAGACGACGCCCUGCAGCUUCAGCUUCGAGGUCAUUUUAGAGAAUCCAAUCCAGCUUUAUCGGGUGACAGUGGAGGUAAUAGACAUUAAUGAUAACAGUCCGUCGUUCCCAAAAGAUGAAAUCAAUUUGAAAAUAGUUGAGAAUGCUGCAUCGGGGACUCGCUUCUCUCUAGAGGGUGCAGACGAUCCUGAUGUUGGAAUUAAUGACAUUCAAAAAUACACACUUAAGCCUUUAGAUAAUUUCAAAUUGGAAGUACAGAGCCAGCCUGAUGGAGGCAGAUUUAUCGAAAUGGUUUUACAAACCCCGUUAGACCGAGAGAAGGAGGAGACGCACACACUGGUGUUGAUUGCUUCAGAUGGUGGUGAGCCACACAGAUCAGGGACAGUGCGUAUUCAUAUUACUGUGCUAGAUGCGAACGAUAAUGCGCCAGUGUGCAGCCAGCCUGUUUAUAAAGCAGAUGUGAAGGAGAAUUCUCCUGAAGGAACGGUGGUGACCACUGUUAGUGCAAAUGAUGCAGAUAAGGGGCACUAUGGUGAGGUAAUGUAUUCCAUAGCUCACGUCGCCAAAGAGGCGAAGCAGCUUUUUGCAUUAAAUGUAAAAACUGGAGAGAUUAAAGUUACAGGUAAACUAGACUUUGAAAAAUCUAAGACUUACCAACUUAACGUUCAGGCAAGUGACCACGGAGGAUAUACCGAUACGUGCAAAGUUAUCAUACAAGUAAUUGAUGAGAAUGACAACGUCCCUAUAAUACAGCUCAUGUCUUUUUCCAACUCGAUAUCUGAGGAUUCUCCUCCAGGUACAACUAUAGCUGUAGUUAACGUGGAUGACGAAGACUCUGAUGGUAACGGUAUUGUCAAGUGCUCCAUUAACUCUGACGUACCUUUCAAAAUUGAGUCUUCAUUAACAGGUUAUUACACCAUAGUAACUGACAACUUCUUAGACAGAGAGAGUGUCCCUGAGUAUAAUAUCACGAUAACUGUAUCUGAUCAAGGCUCUCCACCUCUGACCAGCAGUAAAAACAUCAAUGUCAAGGUGUCUGACGUGAAUGACAACCCACCCAAAUUCAGUCAAUCAGAAUAUAGUAAGACCGUACCAGAGAACAACUCUCCUGGAAUUUCUGUGUUUGCUCUCAGUGCCAGAGAUGCCGACUGGGGCCAAAACGCUCGAGUUUCUUACUUUCUGGAGGAAAAAGAGAUUAAUGGAUUAGCUGUGUCAUCGUUAGUGUCAGUAAAUUCCGAGAAUGGAGUCGUUCAUGCCGUGAGAUCGCUUGAUUAUGAACAGAUCAAGUGGUUCGAAUUUAACGUAACAGCUCGUGAUGCUGGAUCUCCUCCUCUGAGUUCAGUGGCUACAAUUCGAAUAAUAGUCCAGGAUCAGAACGACAACCCUCCUCAGGUCCUGUAUCCAGUCCAGACUGGUGGCUCUGUGGUGGCUGAAAUGGUGCCUCGUUCAGCAGAUGUGGGCUAUCUGGUGACCAAAGUGGUGGCUGUUGAUGUGGACUCUGGACAGAAUGCGUGGCUUUCGUAUAAACUGCAGAAAGCCACAGACAGGGCUCUGUUUGAAGUGGGCUCCCAGAAUGGAGAGAUCCGAACCAUCCGCCAAGUGAGUGAUAAAGAUGCAGUGAAACAGAGACUGAGUGUUAUAGUGGAGGACAACGGUCAGCCCUCUCGUUCAGCUACAGUCAUUGUGAACGUGGCGGUGGCAGACAGCUUCCCUGAAGUUCUGUCGGAGUUCAGUGACUUUCCACACGACAAGGAGUACAAUGACAACCUGACUUUUUACUUGGUGUUGGCUCUGGCUGUGGUCUCCUUCCUGUUCAUCACGUGUUUGGUGGUUAUUAUCUCCGUGAAAAUCUACAGAUGGAGACAGUCUCGCAUCCUGUAUCAUUCCAACCUGCCUGUGAUUCCAUAUUAUCCUCCACGUUACUCAGACACUUUGGGGACAACAGGGACUCUCCAACACGUGUACAAUUACGAGGUGUGCAGGACGACAGACUCGAGAAAGAGUGACUGUAAGUUCGGCAGAGCUGGUAGUCAGAACGUGUUGAUCAUGGAUCCCAGUUGUUCAGGGACGAUGCAGCGGAUGCAGAGUGAGAAGAGCAUCCUGGAUGAACCAGACUCUCCUCUCGAGGUGAGGUGGAAUAUAUAA